AUUUUUGUGCAGCUCACUUUUAUUGUUAACGUAACAAUAUGGCAGAUGAAGGGUGGCAGGAACGUAUGAACAAGCCUGGAUAUAAGAAUUGGAUUAAAGUGUCUCGCGCUUUAAUUGAGGCAAAGAAAGCAUUGCAUGGCUUCACUAAAGAAGCAAUCGAGGAUGUUCACGCACAGAUGAAAAGUGUGGUUGGACCUGGAACUUGCACUAAAACAGCGGCAUGUAAUACAAAUAGAGGUGAGCCUAAAUGUCCUAGCUGUUCAUUGUGGGUAAAGGAAAUAAAGGAAUCUUGUAAAGGUAAUAUUAUAUGGAAAAAUACUGAUCCAUCGAGAUGGCAUGAGCUUGCAUGGGAAAUAGCUAAAUGUUAUAUGAAUGCUCAGGGUAGUAAAGAGACAGCCCGUGCUGUCACUGGACCUGAAAAUACUGAUCUUUCUGGAAUACUUAAUGUGCUAGUGAAUUGCAAAGAAAUAAGGGAUAAUCGAUUAAAAGAGAAAAAAUUGGCUGAAGAAGUUAGAAAUGUAAGAAAUAAACUCAUGCAUUGUGCAGCCAUGUCUCUUUCUGAAGAGGAAAUGAGAGAUAUGGUAGACAAAAUCAUUGCUCUUUUGGAAGAUGAAAAAGAACUGAAGAAAUUACAAGUAUGUCAGAAUACAGUGGAAUGUAUCAAGUCCUUGAAAAAUUGUAAGUUUGAAUUGAAGCAAGAUGAUGAAGAGCAAUGUUUUGAAGAAGUAUUGAAAAGUUAUAAGUUAGCUGUUGAAUUGAAAGAGAAUGGAGAAGAUAUUGAGCUCAAUAACUUUAAGAAGGUUUUCAAAGAAGUUGCAAAACUUAUCAACAAAUAUAAAGAUCUGCAGAGAUUUUCUCAAAAAGUCAGUGAUGUGGAGGAAGAUGUAAAGAGAAUGAAGCAGGAAUAUGAUGCCAAAUUUUUAGAGGUACAUUAUGAGUAUGGUGAUUUGAAGGGAAAAGUUCAAUACAUUUAUGAAAAGCUUCAAACUUUGAAUAAAGAAAAUUUGCAACAGCAGACUCAUUAUGUUAAUGGUAUUAACAUAAGACCAUCGUAUAAAGAAGUUCUGCAUAAUAUUGCUCAGAAGAAAAGACUGCAGCCACCCAAAUACACAACUGAAAAGUUUGGUAAUAACAAAUUCAUAUCAACAGUACAGUUUGAUGGGGAAAAUUUUUAUUCCAAGGAAGCCAAGUCCUCAAAAAAAGAAGCUAAGGAAAGUGCAGCAGAGGCAGCAGUAUAUUUUCUUGGACAACAGGGUGACAACGUAGAGCGCAAUGAACCGGUGGAAGCUACCAUCAAUAAAGGUGAUAUGCAAGCACAUUGCCACUUGCUUAAUUCAAAAAGCUAUAAAAACCAGUUACAAGAGAGAGCACAAAAAAAUGAAAUCCCUCAUCCCAUCUAUCAUCAUAAAGAUACAAAAGAAGGGUUUGCAUUUGACAUUAUGUUUGAUGGACGAUGGUAUUUGCCAGACAUUACACCUCAGACAAAAAAAGUUAAAGCCGAGCAGAUGGCAGCCGAGUUUGUUUUGCGAUUCUUAGAAAGUGAAGAAAAGAAAGUGUGUGUCAAUGGCACAGACUCUACUUAUGGGAAUUUAUCUGAAAGUUCAUGCCAUUACCUACAAAUGCACGAAAAUGAAGAUUCAAAUCAAUCAACACCUGCAGAUGACUGUGACCAACCAUGUACAUCAAUUGAAGUAAAGCUUGGUGACAAUUUGCAAAAGAAAAAAAAUUAUAGGAGUCAACUGAAGGAAUUCUUACAGAAAAAUGAAAAAAGUCCUGCUGAAUACGAAGAUGAAAAGUUGGAUAAUGAUCAUUUUCAAAGUCGUGUAACAGUUUUGGGAAAGACGUUCACAGGUGAGGGUUCGGGUAAGAAGAACUCUCGUGAAAUGGCUGCAAUGAAAGCCUACAAGUAUUUUAAUUCCAAAUCAACAGAAAUUGACAAUGACACCGACUCCUCCACAGCAAUAGUACCUUGUGUUGAUGAAAGUUUAAUUGACACAUCGUAUCAAAAUGCGGUUGGACAAUCGCCUUCUGAUACAUCUACUUUGGCUACAAGAGAGGAGUUAGAGGUUGCAGAAAACACCACAACUAACUCUACGACAACUGGGACCAAGGCCAUCGUUCAUUUGCCUAAAGAUUUUAAAACUACUUUAAAAGAAUUCGCGGAAAAAAGAAGUUUGAAGGUGCAGUAUGAUACUAUUAAAAGCAAAGAUAAAACUACAGAAUGCUUCUUAAGCAAAGUUUUUGUGGGUAGAAGAUGCUUCAUUGGUAAACAACAGAAAAGCAAAAUCAAAGAAGCUGAAAAGCAUGUGGCUGAGAUUGCUCUUAGCAUCAUGAAAGAGAAAAAACACGACAUGGAUGACUCCUGUAAAGAUACUUUGGUUAAUUAUCACAAAGAUUUAGGUUUUUCAGAUUAUCCUGAAUAUGAAAAACAACCUGCUCAAGAUGAUGAUGAAUUUAUCGUGGAAAUAAAAGUGAAGAAGAAAUUUGAAAUAAAAUGCAACGAGUCAAAACCGAGUAAAAAAGAUUUAAAAAAGUGUCUAGUUGAAAUGGCUAUCCAGAGACUUGAAGAUGAAAAAAAGACAAUACCAAAUGGACACAACGCAAGCAGCAGGUUUCAUGAAUUUAUUCAAUCUGAAAAGGGAGAAACGAAGAAAGAAUUUUGCAUAGAAGAAAGUCAGCCGCAUUUUACUGGGUUGUUGCGCUUUUAUAUUGUAGAAAUUUACGAAAGUUUGAUUUCUUGUUCCACUGAGGAAGAAGCUGUUAUUAGUGCUGCAAUGUCUGCCUCCAAUGCAUUAGACUUAUUUUACAAAUAGUGACUUAUAGGUUAUUUUAACUUUUUUUUAAUGAAUAUUUUUAUAUUCAUGAUCUGAUUUUCAUCAUGGUUUGGGAGAGUUAUCGUUCCGUCUCGAUAAAGCAAUUUUAAUGAAUUAGCCAAUAUUUUUUAUGAUUAGUAAUUUUUAUCGUCAAAUUUAAUAUCAUGAAAUUUGUCUCGGCUUCCGUGAGCAACAGUAAUUACAUAAAUAUUAAAUUAUGGAUUGCAUCAUUACUAGUAAAUGUAAGGCUCACUACCUCUAUCUAAAACUUUAAAAGACAAUAAAAUUUACAAUCCAUA